AUGCCCAAGGUAGCAGAAGCCACUGGUUUCCUGUCACCUGGUAUCUACCAGAGACAGAUCCCAGGGCUGGUCUAACUCACUCACCCCUGGGUACUUGAAAAGGUAGCACUCGAGUGAACUCAGCAGCAAGCAUCAAAUCAGCCCUUGAGCCCAAGGCCUUGGAGACCCAGGAGUUUUAAGGGUGAAAUGACGACACCCAGAACUUCAAUGAGUGGAGCUUUCCCAGCAGAUUCUAUGAAAGGCCCCAUUGCCAUGCAACCUGUUAAAAAAAUCAUUCCCAGGAAGGUGUCUACCGUGGUGGGUCCCACACAAAGCUUCUUCAUGAGGGAAUCCAAGGCUUUGGGGGCUGUCCAGAUUAUGAACGGGCUCUUCCACGUUGCUCUAGGUGGCCUCCUGAUGAUCCACAAGGAGGUCUAUGUACCCAUCUGUGUAACUAUAUGGUACCCUCUCUGGGGAGGCAUUAUGUACAUCAUUUCUGGAUCACUCCUGGCAGCGGCACAGGCAAACUCCAGGAAGAGUUUGGUCAGAGGGAAAAUAAUAAUGAACUCUUUGAGCCUCUUUGCUGCCAUUUCUGGAAUAAUUAUUUUGAUCAUGGACAUAUUUAAUAUUACAAUUUCCCAUUUUUUUAAAAUGGAGAGUCUGAACUUGAUUAAAGCUCCUGUGAUAUAUGACAUACACAACUGUGAACAAGUUGACCUCACUGAGAAAACCGUUUUAUAUACACAAUAUUGUUACAGAAUUCGAUCCGUGUUCUUGAGCCUUUUCACAGUGAUGCUGAUCUUUGCCUUCCUCCAGAAAUUUGUAACAGCUGGCUCUGUUGAGAAUGAAUGGAAAAAGCUGUGCUCCAGACCCAAAGCUGAUGUAGUUCUCCUGUCCGCUGAAGAAAAGAAAGAACAGCCAAUUGAAAUAAAAGAAGAAGUGGUGGAGUUGACUGAAGUAUCUGCCCAACCACUAAAUGAAGAAGACAUUGAAAUUAUUCCAGUCCAAGAAGAAGAAGAGGAAGAAACAGAAGCAAACUUUCCAGAACCUCCCAAAGACCAGGAAUCUUCACCAAUAGAAAAUGAUAGUGUCCCUUAAACUCUUUUUUAUUCGUUUGUUUUCUGUUUCCUUUUUCUCAGCAUUAGCAAGAGACACAUUUCCUCCCAUUUUCCGAGGCACUCUGCAGUCUCCUCCACACCUGUCUCUGGUCUUUGCAUGGAGUGAGUACAGCUCCCUCUCUCUCAUUCAGAGAAUAUAGCUAUUGUAGUAGAUUGUGUCAUAAUGUUUCUUGCUUGGAGUAGUUUUCUUACAUUAAAAAAAAAAAAGGCAGAAUGUGAUUUUUCACUAGCCUUUGCCUUGGAUAAGCCAUAGCAGUCACAGCAGUGGUUUUGUUGUUUGUUUGUGUAGUUUUAUUUUAUUUUAUUUUAUUUCUUCCCUUCUUAAUAGGGAGACUCCACACCUGAUGAAAAAGAUAAAUGACUGUUCCAUGUCAUCCUUAAACUCUCUCUAAUUCCUACUACAUCUACAUUUUUGGUGGAGUCCUUUUACACCACUGUUUUUAAGGAAAGUAAAAUAAUGAUAAUAAUUAAUAAUAAUAAUAAUAAUAAUGAGAGAUGAAAUAAGUUCCUUAUUUCAUCUUUCUUUCUAUGGGACUGACACUGUAGCACAUUUCUAGAGCCUCCACACCCCGCCAGGGAGGCUCUAAGAGGCCAACCCCCAAUCUUUUCUUUGUACAAACAGCACAGCUUAUGCAUGGCCACGUCUCUAUGUCUUAACUUUCCCUAACUCCUGCUCUAGGCUCUUGGCUGCCUUGUCUACCUACUUUCAAUCUCUAGGCAAGAGAAGAAAAAAUGAAAAAGAACACCAGGCGUAUCCACAUCUCAAAUGAUAAUCAACACUUGCAUUUGUAGAAUAUUUUUCAGUCAAAUAAUUGCAUUUGAUCAUGCAUGAUUAAGAGAUAAAUCCCUAUUCCUGUUUUACAAAUGAGUCAAAGAAGCUAAAUAAUGUGUACAUAAGUAAAAUAAUUUCUCAAUUGUCACAGCUGGUAAUUUUGAAAGCCUUUUUCACACCAAGAUCUUCUUAUUCAAAUCCUGUAAUGUUUGAAAUAACCAAAUUGCCUACUCAGUGCCCACAUAAACUACCAGAGCUAAGUCAACAGGAUUUAUCAAGCACCUAUCCUCUGACCAGCACGAAACAGGUGUUGAGACAGACGUAAAAAAGUCAGAAAUCAAAUUUUACCACUUGGGGAUAAAAAGACUUAGACCUUGAAAAACUACUUACAUCAUUAAUAUAUAAUUAGUUGUCAGAUUACAUAAUGCAGACACUAAGUGCUACAGAUAUCCUGAGAAAGAUCAUGCUUGAAAAUAACACAGUUAAAAUGUCAAAUCUCAGACGGCAGCCACUUUACUUCUCUAUUCUUAUUCAUAUUCAGAGAGACUAGUACCCUAUGAAGAAAGAAUGUUGACCUAGGAAGACAUCACUAUAAUUUAUCAACUACAUCUGAGCAUUUGCUACGUGUUGAGUGCUGUCAGAUUCUGGCAGGUGCAUAGACAAUAUAAUUUCCACUCCCUAUGAUAUUUCCAUUUUAUUAGGGGCCAGCAAUAAAAAAUAUUUCCUCUGAUUAGAAAAUAAAAGAGGUAGGACAUUUCUUCAUCUAUGUAAAGUCCUCAAAAUUAGCUUUAAAUAAAUAAAACU